AUGACAAUGUUCAAAUCAGUUGUCAUAGUCGGCGGCUCCUUGAGUGGGUUAAUGCACGGUGUGCACCUCAAACGAGAGGGAGUCAACGUCACGAUCCUCGAGCAGGACCGUGCAUCCGAAAGGAGCAGUCACAAUGCUGGGAUCCGUGUUGAUGAAAAUGUGAAUGAUUUCCUGCGUCAACAUGACCAAACUUGCCUUACGACGUCACUUGAGAGCAAAGCGAACUUCAUCUCUGUCCGCAAACGCGAGAACCUCGUCAAGGCGGAUAAGGGCACGACCAGGUACUGGACCAACUGGGGUCUCAUGUACCGAAUACUACGUGCCAACUUCGACGGUUAUGCCUCCACGGCCUGCCCUACGCCUCCGGCCUCGAAGCCCGGAGACGGAACCGCCCAGUAUCUGACUGGGAACCGUGUAACCAGCCUCCAUUACACGAAUGGGACAGUCACCCUUCAUUACGUCGAUGUUGAGACAGGCGAGGAACACUCAAUCACCUCUGAGCUCGUCAUCGGUGCGGACGGGCUGCACUCCAACAUCCGCAAGCUGGUCCAUGCGCCUCUGGCUUGCCAAAAAAAGUACGCAGGCUUUGUUGCCUGGAGAGGCGCCGUCCCGCGAGCAUCAGUGUCUCAAGCGACAUCCGAGUUCUUCAGUGGUCAAGUCUCUUUCAACCUGAUGGGUCAGAAUACCUACAUGAUUUGUUACGUGAUUCCUACAGACGACGGCGACUUUGCGCCAGAAGCUCAGCUCAUCAACUGGGUGCUUUACCAGGACGUGGCCGAAGGAACCGCCAACGAGGCGGCGAUUUUCACGGAUUCUAGCGGCCGCCGAUACAAACGCACUGUGCCACAGGGGAGUGUAGAUCCGUGUACCUGGGACAGUUUCCGCGGGCCACUAGUUGCGCGCAUGGCUGCUCCGUUCGCUGAAUUGGUGUCUGCGACCAAGAAUCCGUUCGUCACCAAAGUCAGCGAUGUUCUGUGCAGCAAAGCAAGCUUCUUUGACGGCCAUGUGGUGCUUGUGGGGGACGCGCUGGCGACAUAUCGUCCGCACGCAGGCAAGGCCACUGACCAGGCUGCGAGCCAUUGCCGAGAACUUGCCAAAGUAUGGCGGGGUGAGAAGUCAUUAGCAAGUUGGGACUCCGAGGCGUGUGCCAACGCUAAGAAGAUGUAUCUUUUGAGCAGGUUGAUGGCCAUCGAAAUUAGGCUUCUGCCGCACAACCUGACUCUGUCGCACUUCAGUGUCAACACACAACCUCACUUUCGCCCAGACCGAGAAAACAAGACAGUCACUAUGGCCGAUGCAGAUAUUUCCCAAGAGAAUGCAGAUACGUCGGCGAUGAGCAAGACAAAGCUCAAACAAACCAUCUGGCCAGAGCCAUUAGUCGUCCUUCCAACGGCCGCGCACACCCAUGUGCGAACUGACGAGGAGACGGUGUCACAGUCACCUUUGACCUGCGCGCGGCGCGUUGCCCACGAGCCAGCCUCGUGA